UGAUGAAUGUAAUGAAUUGAAAUCGAGCCACGUUUCAAUUGACAUCCAUCCACAUCUAUAAAUACCAACGACAAUGUUCCGCACAUUAUAACUUACCAGCUAGCUAUUACAAUUUACAACAUUGACAAAAACAUUUUAAUUAAACUAUAGUAGACUAUAACAUUCAAAUUUCAAAGUUUUGAAUUGCAUGGACAUGCCUUCUUCAAGUUCAAGCCAUGUUGUUGGCGCUGCUUCUUCUGCAUACCGUGGCGUCCGUAAGAGGAAAUGGGGGAAGUGGGUGUCCGAAAUCCGCGAGCCAGGAACCAAGACAAGAAUCUGGCUCGGGAGUUUCGAGACUCCCGAGAUGGCCGCCGCAGCGUACGACGUCGCCGCCUUGCAUUUCAGGGGCCGCGACGCCAGGCUCAACUUCCCUGAGCUUGCCAGCACCCUGCCGCGCCCCGUCAGCAACAAUGCCGACCACAUACGCAUGGCGGCCCACGAGGCCGCUCUCAGGCUCCGGACAAACCCCGCCGCGCCCAACACCGUUGGCUCCGCCGGCUCCGUCUCCGCCGCGCCGCUAACCGUGAGGCUCUCCCCCACUCAGAUUCAGGCCAUCAAUGACUCGCCCAUGGACUCACCACAGACUUGGAUGCAAAUGCCAGACACUUUCAUGAUGCAUGAUCAGUCCAUGAUGUUCGCAAACGGGUAUUCCUUUGAGGACAACGAGUGGGAGGAUAUGCACAAUGAUUCUCUCUGGGAUCCUUAGAUACAUAAAUACACAUACAUACAUACGUACCUACGAUUUUGAAAGAAAGAAAGAAAAAAAAAACAAGAGCUGGUAACGAAACAGGUCACUGUUUCCUUUUUCUUUUAUUUCUUUCUUCCAGGAAUGAAAGAGGUAAAUUGUGGAAACAGUGGGAUUUUGAUUAUUUCUGGAGAUGGAUUAUGAAAGCAAUGGCGGAUUGAGAAGGGCGACUACUAACUGUUUCAUGGAAUAGCAAUAGCAAUGAAAUUCGAUUUGUACGAGGAGAUGCCAUUUGUUUUCUCAGAUAAGGGAGUAGUAUACUAUGGAGGGUCCCAUUAGUGAUUAGUGUGACUAUCAAAUAAGUAUAUGGUUUAUUCAUAUUCAUAUAGCGAGUGGGUGGGAUUUGUUUUGUGUACCAGAUGGGCCACGAACUCUGUUUUAUUGGCUGUGUUUUAUAGGCUGUGGAAGAGUGUGGUGUGGUUUUAUUCUUAUUAAAUAAACUAAGAUGAUGUAUUGGAAGUCCAUUUGUCAAGCAGAUGAAGGAGUUUAACCAUGUUUUCUUUUUUCUGAUAUGAUGAUUUCUUGUAAGAUUAUUAAUGGAACUUGGUGAUCUUCAUUGCUUUUAAUAUUGUAUUGUACACUAGUAGUACCCUCCAAAAGAUAUUGCAAUCAAUGCUAUCGCUUGAGACU